UACCACGUGACGCUGGUCACAUGACCGACAGUGCCUGCCUUCAGAAUCAGCCAUGAGCUUACGGCUUAGAGUCCGGCUGGGCCAUGGGGUCCUUUCUUGGGCCCUGGUUUUGCUGUUGGCACUGGUGCUGUCUGACCUCCAGGUUAGAGCCCACAGAGUUUUAGACCCUGACUUUCAGGAAAAGUAUUUUGAGCAAUAUCUGGAUCAUUUCAACUUCGAGAAUUUUGGCAACAGAACCUUCGGUCAGCGGUUUCUGUUGUCAGACAAGUUCUGGAAGAAGGGCGAGGGGCCCGUCUUCUUCUACACAGGGAAUGAGGGGGACAUCUGGGCCUUCGCCAACAACUCUGGCUUCAUGGUGGAACUGGCAGCCCAGCAGGAGGCCUUGCUUAUCUUUGCGGAGCACCGGUACUAUGGACAAUCUCUUCCAUUCGGAAUACAGUCCACACAGCGUGGGUAUAUACAGCUGCUGACCAUCGAGCAGGCCCUGGCUGACUUUGCUGUGCUGCUCCAGGCCUUGCAGCAGGACCUUGGAGCCCAGGAUGCUCCCACCAUAGCCUUUGGAGGGAGUUAUGGGGGGAUGCUGAGCGCCUACAUGAGGAUGAAGUACCCCCACCUGGUGGCUGGAGCACUGGCAGCCAGUGCACCUGUCCUAGCAGUUGCAGGCCUCGGCAACUCCUACCAAUUCUUCCAGGAUGUCACAGCGGACUUCAGUGACCAGAGUCCUAAGUGUGCCCAGGCUGUGCAGGAUGCCUUCCGGCAAAUCAAGGACUUGUUCCUCCAGGGAGCCUAUGACACCAUCAGCCAGGAUUUUGGCACCUGCCAGCCGCUUUCUAGCACAGAGGACCUGACUCAGCUUUUUGGGUUUGCCCGGAAUGCAUUUACUGUGCUGGCCAUGAUGGACUACCCAUAUCCUACCGACUUCCUAGGGCACCUUCCUGCCAACCCUGUCAGGGUGGGCUGUGAACGGCUGCUGAGUGAGGACCAGAGGAUCGUGGGUCUGCGAGCAUUGGCAGGGCUGGUCUACAAUUCCUCUGGCUUGGAGCCCUGUUAUGACAUCUACCGGCUAUACCAAAGUUGUGCUGACCCCACUGGCUGUGGCAAUGGCUCUGAUGCCAAGGCCUGGGACUACCAGGCCUGCACUGAGAUCAACUUGACGUUUGACAGCAACAACGUGACCGACAUGUUCCCUGACCUCCCGUUCACCAAUGCGCUCCGACAGCAGUACUGUCUGGAUACGUGGGGAGUGUGGCCCCGGCCAGACUGGCUGCAGACCAGCUUCUGGGGUGGUGACCUCAAAGCUGCCAGCAACAUCAUCUUCUCCAAUGGUGACCUAGACCCCUGGGCAGGAGGCGGAAUCCAGAACAACUUGAGCUCAUCGGUCAUUGCUGUCACCAUCGAGGGGGGAGCACAUCACCUAGACCUCAGAGCAUCUAAUCCAGAAGACCCGGCAUCUGUCGUGGAGGCACGCAAACUGGAGGCCACUCUUAUUCAUGAGUGGGUGAAGGCAGCCAGAUGGAAACAGUAGCCAACAGUGCCGUAGGGGCCUGGGCCUAAGGGGCAGCGCUCUCCAGCUAAGACCAAGCAGGGCUCGGCAAUUCCUUGUUUCACGUGAGCGGCUGUGG